AUGCUAUCCUCUUGCUCACUACGGCAUCCAGCAUGCCAAUUACUUCGAAGGAACGUGGUGGUAUCCAGAGCUUCGCCAUGUCGUCCCUCGGCACGCUCAUUUCAUGCUUCGACACCACGACAGGAUCCCAUCAUUGAUGCUAUCCUCUACCUUCCGCACGAAAUGAUAUCGCUGAUCCACACGGCUGUCCCCUGGUAUGCCGCCAUCCCCAUCAGUGCCUUUGUCGCUCGCGGUCUGCUUGUCACUACUGCUGGAACACGUGCACGCGCUCUCAUGGCGCGAUACGUUGGUCUGCACCCGUUGCGACAAGCUCUUGCCUUCCAAAAGCGAGACGAGAUCCUGAAGCGGGGUAAUUUCCGGUCGACCCAGCAAGCUCUCGUCACAGUCAAAAAGGAAGUCAAGGACGUCACAUCAGCAUUGGACAAAAGGUGGAAUGUCUCUCUCUCUGGUCAGAUUAGUUGGACAUUGGCGCAGAUACCCAUCUUCUUUGCUAUGGCCGAAACUAUACGCCAGAAAUGUGGUGCCCAGGACGGAUUGCUGGGUAUGGCCAUGUCCGUUUUCAGAGGCGAGAGUACGCGGAUGACGACGGAAACGGGCCAAGUUGUUGCACGGGUAACUCCCACCGACUGGUUCGAGCCAACUCUAGCCACAGAGGGUAUGCUCUGGUUCCCGGACCUGCUUCUCCCGGACCCAACUGGUGCCCUUCCGUUCAUCGCAUCGGGCAUCAUGUUUGCAAACAUCUACACCUCGAAAAAUACCGUUGAGAGUGGUGCCAAAUGGCCAAAUACCCUUCGGCGAACUUUGCUCUUUGUUUCGCUGUUGGUUGGUCCACUCUGUCAGAACCUUCCCGCGGCUCUAAUGCUCUACUGGUCGUCAAGUACGGCUUCGGUGAUGCUGUGGAACGCGUGGCUGGACCGAAAAUAUCCUGCACCGCAAGGUUACACUGCGUGCAAAAGGCCACUUCUCCUUCCACCAGCACCAAUCUCAAAAUUACGCAGGGUGUAG